AUGGCUACCGGCUAUCAAAUCACUUUCAAAAUUUUUAAAUCACUAACUCUUCUUUAUUGUGGUAACAGUGAAGCUAAAAUUGAUUUAACCUUACUCCCUUCUUCACUUACAACAUUGAAUAAGAAAUAUGUUAAAGAUAGAUCUGAAUACAAAUUAGAAUAUUUAAUGGUGAAUGCAAACCAAUAUGAAUCUUUAGAUAAUUUGAUUAUUAAAGAAUUAGACUUUGCAAUUGACUUUGGAUCAAAUGAAACAAAUAUAAUAAAUGAAAUUAAAAAGGUUCCUAAAGGAGUAGAAAAACUUGUAAUUAGACAUGGUAUAUCAUUAUCAAUUAAGAAUAUUCCACCCUCAGUUCGAUGUUUAGAAAUUCAAUCACUAAAUAGUUUAAUAAUAGAGGAAGAACAAUCACUACCUUUUGAAGAACCAAAAUUUAUAUCCUCGAUGGUCCAUAAAUCACAGAUUCAAAAUAUAUUCGAAUAUUAUAUGACCUAUCAAGUAGAUUAUAUUCCUAAAUGGGUGUAA